CGUGCAGCUCAGCACGCAGCAGUGCCGGGGUGGGUGGAGGAGGGGGAGAGCACAACGCUAUAAAGCCAGCAGCACCAGUGCUGCUUUCCAUCCUGCUGGCAAAGCUGGAGGAGGCUGCGGCGAGAUGAGGACCGUGGGACUGAGCCUGGGGCUGGCCCUGCUCUGCUUGCUGCGUGCGGAGGCUGAGAACUUUGGGGCUGCGGGGCUGGACACGAGCAAGAUUGCAGGGAAAUGGCACAUCAUUGCUCUGGCCUCCGACUCCGAGGGCUACCUCCAAAAGAAGGAUGAGCUGAAGAUGGCAAUGGCCAGCAUCGCGGUCCUGAGGGAGGGCGACCUGAAGGUCUCCUUUGCAAUUCUCACACCGGAGGGAUGUAAGAAACGGGAGUUGAUCUACAAGGAAACAGGUGUCCCGGGUGAAUACUACAGCUCUGAGGGAGGCAAAAGAACAGCGCGGGUGGUGGAUACUGAUGGCAAGACGUACGCAGUUAUCUUUGUCUCCAGAGUGAAAGACGGGAAGACCUUGCACAUGCUGAGGCUCUACAGCAGAACCCAGCAGGUGAGCCCCAAAAUCACAGCGCUGUUCAAGAAGCUUGCAAGGGAGAAGAGCUUCACUGAUGAGAUGAUCACGAUGCUGCCCAGCCAGGAGGAAUGCAGCCUCGAUGAAGCGUAGGAGGUGCGGGCUAGCUAGUGGAUGCUCCUGCUGAGUGAUGCAAGACCCACACUCUGAAGCUCCAGGCUGCUGCUCCGCCAUCCCUCUUCUGACUUCAGCGGUCAAGGCUCUGACAGUUCUCCUGCUCCUCCAGCGCAGUCGCUCCUUUUUGCCAAAUAAACAGAAACUCACCCCA